AUGCUUGAUGAAGCCCUCCCGACAUUCUUCCUCAAAUCCACUCGCCAGUCUCACCUCAAAUCUAUCUACUUUUGUCAACAUGGCAAUGACCCCUCCCCCGCCUACUCUCUGCGCCACGUCGACCCUUCCACCCCGGACGGCAAGAACCGCUACGCCGCCGCCCUUGUUGACCCUUACGUCCCCGACAUCAUCUACGGCGAGGUUCUAAUCGUCCCCGAAUGGACGCAACCUAGCCUCUCCGCCGAUGCCAUCCGCGCAAAUGGCGGCGUCACUCCCCCACCGGAGCCCAUUCUCCCCACCCGCUUCACCAUCCACCUCUACAACCCCGACCAGCAGGUGACCGUGGAAUUCAAGCCUAAGAGCUGGAACAGCCCGGCGACAUGGACCUUCGAGAUGCCGCAGCAUACCUUCCGGCAGCCAUCCAGCUCGAGUCUCGAUCGCACGCAGACCGAUCCCGCAGCUGCCGACACCACGCCGAAGCUGUGCUUCAACUGGCGCCGCGACAGCAAACUGUCCAAGGAUCUGACGUGCUACCUGUCGGGCAAGACAACCUCCCUAACGGAGAACAAGAACAAGGCGAAGAGUAAAGAGCCGGACAUUAUCAUGUCAAUCUUCAAGGGGCUGCGGGAAAUGACGCUCUACGAACCGAACAUGUACCGGGUCGAUAUGGAGGAUUUCAAGGGCCUGGAGGUCGUCCUGCUGCUCGGUGCGGUGGUUAUCCGCGACGUGUUCUUCUCCACCAUGAAGGAAAGCUUUAACCUCUCGAAACAGGCGGCCCCGAUGGCUGCACCGCCCCUGUCUACCUCGAUGCCUACCUCUGGCCCUUCCGCUGCCACCUCUGCCGCUGCCGCUGUCAACGGUACCCACCGACCCAGUCUCUCUCCGAUCAAGACGACGUCACACCAGAAACAGAACAUCCCAGUCGCUUCAGGGGGAUUGAACGCCCCAUCAACCCAACCCCAACCCCUACCCUCGAAACCACCCUCUAGCACGAAACCCAAACCCCACGGCCACCAACGCAAGGAAGAAGAACGCCGCACGCAAAAACUCCUUGAAGAAGAAGACAAAGCGCGCCGCAAACGCCAGGCCGAAAUCGACCAGGAAACGCGCCGUCUGCAGCGUCUCUACGGCGAAGAAGAACAUCGCGCUCGCAUCCACACCCCCUCGCUUCCGCCUCGCGCGUCAGCCUCCCGACCUCAGCAGCCUUCCAGCUCUAGACCGCAGGCACCGCCGCAGCCGAGACCCAUGCAGCCUAAUGGGCGCGGGGCCCCGGCGCAGCGGUACUACCACUACCAUCACCAUUCGCCGUCGACGCCGCAUAUCCCGUCGGGUCCGUAUCUGUCGCCGACUGGGGGCCGUCGACCGGACCCGAGACAGCAGUCGACGGUGACGUUUGCGACGCCGGACGGGCCAGUGGGCACCGGGGUGCGGCCGACGGUGCAGCCGAAGAAGAGUAGUUUCUUUGGAUUCCGGAAGUCGGGUGAUGAGAGGGAGAGGGAGAAGUUGAGUAAGAAGCGGAGUUCGAUGUUUUAG